CGGAAGUGGAUGAAGCUAGUAAACCCCUGUGGUGUUAAUGGAGAAAGUGCAGCCAGGUGAGCAUGCCGAACGGCUUUCCACGUCACUGGAUUCCCAUGGGACAGUGGCAGUAGCGUGAUGUCAUCAUAUUGAGAUGGGGAAUGUCAGGGUGGAUGGACCCUGUGGCUUUGAUAUACCAAUCCAGUUCUACUUACUGCCAUUUGCAGGGCUGUCUGAUGUGUCCAUCUCUGGAGAUAUCCCUGUGGAAGGAGAGAUCACAGUUCCAGUAGGGUCUCCGUCACAUGAUGAUGAGUACUCUACACUCGAUGAACCAGUGAAAGAAACCAUUCUGAGAGAUUUGAAGGCUGUAGGAAAAAAGUUUGGCCAUGUGAUGUAUCCUAAGAAAAGCACAACACUACUUAGAGAUUGGGACUUAUGGGGUCCUUUGCUGCUCUGUGUCACAUUAGCUCUCAUGCUGCAGGGGGGGUCUGCAGACAGCAAAGAAGAUGGAGGGCCCCAGUUUGCUGAAGUGUUUGUUCUUAUAUGGUUUGGAUCUGUCAUUAUUACAUUAAAUUCCAAAUUGCUGGGAGGCACUAUUUCAUUCUUCCAGAGCCUGUGUGUACUGGGAUACUGUAUCCUGCCUCUGACUGUUGCAAUGAUUGUCUGCAGGCUGGUGCUACUAGGGGGCACCGGGACAGCUAGUUUUAUUGUUCGAUUUAUAGUAGUGGUUGCGUCGUUUGGCUGGUCAACGUUUGCAUCCACAGCCUUCUUGGCAGACAGCCAGCCUCCAAAUCGCAAAGCCUUGGUUGUGUAUCCAGUGUUCCUGUUCUACUUUGUCAUCAGCUGGAUGAUUCUUACCUUCUCCCCAUCACACAGCAACACAGGGCCCUGAACUGACAGCAUUUCUCCUGAAGAUUGAGACUGUUCUCCACUUCCAUUUGGGAAGGAAAGGAAUUGGAAACUGGAAGGUUCAGGGUGACAACAGCGGCGACAGCCCAAAAUGACCUGCAUGUGUUUUAAAUGAUUUGAAAUAACCCUUAGGAAUAAAUGCAUUAAACAUGGAACUGGACCCUAUGUUAUCUUUUAAAAUACCAUUAUUAUUUUUUAUUGAAGUCUCUCAUUAAUCUGUAACAAUUUAGCAUUUUCAGAGAAUUGAAGAAUAAGAGAAUAUGCAUGGAGCUUGAUAAUAUGAAUGGUACCUAGUCUCUGUGGAUUCAAAAAUACCCAUCUCAUGCUGGUUUUACAGGUGGAUUAAAAUAGUUGUUUGCCUAUGGUAGGUUAAAAAGUCAACCAAGUAACAUGAGAGCCAGCAAUGCAGUGCUGUUUGAAACACCAAGUAUUUCAGCAUUUAAAUGACUGGUUUUCCAGUGUACUGCUGGAUAGAAAGCAUUCCCUGACUGUGAAAGACAGCAGAGCUAUCCUGAUGAAUACUUCAGGUUUUGGAUUCUUGGUAGAAUUUGUUUCAGAAGCAACUGGCAUAGUACAAGUACAGUCUAACUCAACUGCACUCCCAAUAAAACUGAAUUACACAGGGAUUGUUUGUAUAACAGUGAGCCACCCUUCUUCAGGAAGAAGUGCAAACCCUUUGUUUGCUGAUUCUGUUCCUCAGCUUGAAUUGUGGUUGGGCUAUUCUAUGCUACUCUUUUGUCCACAAGUGAACUGCACUUGAAUAUUACAAAGUUUGCAAUUCCAAUACAGUUCUGUUUGUUUCAGUAAAGAUUCUGUAACCUUGCUGCUUGUCUGGAUGUGUAGAAAUGGGUGUAUGUUUAAUGUAAACACUAUCUUUUAUGUUUAACUUGUUCUUUUAAGACUGUGUUUUAUUGUAACAAAAAUACAGGUGUAGUGUUUGUGAUCUAGGGGGGGUUGAAAUUAGCAAUGACAUUGUAACAAACUACUCUUUUUUAAUUUUAUUUAUGGAAUUACAUAAAUGCCAUUCAUUUCACACACACACACACACUCAAGUCUGAUUUAUGAAUCUCAACUGGGUUCUGAACAGUCCAUGCAGGUAUGCAGUUAAAAUACUGGAUGUAUAAAUCUGGACCAUUAUUAUAAACCAUGUGUGUUUUUUUUUUUUUUUUUUUUUUUGGGGGGGGGUCUGCAGUUCUUACACUGUUUAAUAAAUACAUCUGUUACCUGCAGCUCUGAAUCUCGGUUUGAUAGAUAUGAGUGAGUGACUUAGAAAGUUAUGACAUUUGCGAUUCCAAGCUUACCUGUUGAAAAGGUUUACUGAUCUCGUAUUAAUAGAUGACACAAAACAUUAGCGUGCUCGGAUGAUUCCGCUAAUGUGGUUGUGUUUUGGGUCAGAUACUUUACAUGGGAAAUGUUUAUUGCGCUUCAACAUAUCUAUUUUUUUUUUUAAAGCAGGGAAUAUUAGACAUGCCUUAACGUGUUGUGCAUGUAAAUAAAUCCUUAUGUCUUUGUUAUUCCACACUUGAAAGAGAGGUUUGUCCCCUUCAAUGAAUACACUGGAAAAAAUGUCAAUACAAAAAUAUAUUGUUUAAAAUUGCCACCCUGAACAGUACAUUUCUAAUCUAAAAGAUUCAUUUUUAUAAUUAGAUUUUCUUUGCGAAUGGAUAUUUGUUUUUCAGUGAAAGUGACGCAUCGUUUUCUAAAGCAGCGUACUUUAGACAUUGCUACUGUUUCUUAAUGUCUGCUGUAAAUGUCAUCAGAAAAUAGCAAAUGUUUUCUUUCUGUUGUGCAUGUGUAUACUGAGCUUCUCAGAAGAACUGUAAAUGAAUUGCACAUUUAAAAACUGAUCAUUAAAAUUUGACUGGUUGAA